CCGCCAUGCUGGAAGAAUGCUCCAGGAGAUUAUAAUAUGUGGGGGUGGUGGCGAGCAAGGCUCUGCGCCUGGAGAAAGCAAACCACUUCGACAUCUCCCGGAUUCCCAGACCAUCCUCUUUGUUUAUUCGUGCUCUAUACCAUUUACACUCCCAAUUCGCACCUACGGCUUCCACAAUUGGGCUGCUCUGGGCAAUGUUUGAGCCACGCUAUUCGCCAUCGCUGGAUGCUGCGCCAAGUAGCGUGAGUUCGAUGCUGGUCACCAUCUCAUCUAGCUUUGCCAGCAUCGUUGGUUGCACAUUUGUCAUCUACCGCCUGUAUAUUCUAGAUCGGUCACUCUGGGCUUGUCGCCAUAUGCUCCUGUGCGCACUCACGGGUGCCUAUGCCGUCAUGUGUUUUGCUGCCUUGAUAUCUGGCUGCGUGUUUCUUGUAUAUGGCCGCAUUCCAUCUCCAGCUGGUUGCACACUAGGUGGCAUGAUUGAGUUUUGGAGUCCAACAGGCAAGUAGCUCGAAAAGCAAAUUUCUAAUGCAGUCAAAGGUGAAGCACAAAGUAACCCUUUCACUGAUAUGCUUUUUAAAUUUUUUUU